GUCGCUAACAUGAAUGUGACUACAGUCAUCUGCUAGGUAAAAAGUCAUGGAAUGUCUACAAUGCCGACAACAUUGCACGCGUCCGAAGAGAUGAGGCGGCCGCCAAGGCCGCAGAGCAAGCCGAAGAACAGCGCAUGCAAGAAGUCGAUGCUCAAAGACGAUUAGCGAUUCUGCGUGGCGAGGCACCACCCCCAUUAGAAGACGAAUGCGAGGCCGAAUCAGAAAAAGCGCGAGAUACCUCUGGUGAUGCGCGCUCAAAUUUCACAGGCAGCGGUCGCAAGAGGAGAAAGCGGCCCGGGGAGAACGAUACCGAGUUCGAGCUACGCCUAGCAAAGGAGAGGAACAAUGCGGCAUACGCAGUCGUGGAAUCCGGCCGCAAACUGGCGAGCUCAGCCCCGAUAGUCGACCAUGCAGGACACAUUGACCUCUUUGGCGACGAGCGAGCCAGAGCGCAUGCAGAGAAGAACCAGGAGGCAGAAGCGGAGAGGAAGAAGAAAGAACGAGAAUAUGAAGACCAGUAUACGAUGCGAUUCUCCAACGCCGCUGGCAAAGAUGGAAUCAGUCAGCCUUGGUACUCACAUGGCGAAGGAGUCGCCCCAGAUGUCUCUGCAAAAAACGUCUGGGGACAAAACGAUCCCGAUCGCAAGACUCGCGACACUCAGCGAAUCAAUUCCAACGAUCCGUUAGCUAUGAUGAAGAAAGGGGCUAUGCAGGUUAGAGAGUUGAAAAAAGAGCGCAGAAAAAUACAAGAGGAGAGGGAUGAGGAACUCAGACAGCUGCGCAAAGAAAGCCAUCGUGAUAGGCAUCGAGAUAGGCAUUCGGAAAGAGAGCGACGAGAACGGAGAGGCUAUUCAGAUGCCCAGAGGCAUGAGUCGAGAAGGGCGCGGUCAAAAGAGAGAGAUACGGAUUCGCGUGGGCGCCAUGACGAUCAUCGUGAGAGAAGAAGGCAUAAAGAGGAGGAGCGGCGAAAGAGGCAUCGCGAUUCACGGUCGUGCUCACCGGAUUGGAGGGGGCACCGACAUAGACACGAUGAAAGGUGAGACAUGGAUUAAAAUUCGCAAACUAUUGGCGGGCUUCAUUGACG